UUGCACCACAAUUUGAUCAAAAAAAAAAAGAAAGAACCCUUUUGACUCCUCUCACAAAAUCGCUUAACAGGGAUUCUCAUCAUAAGUACUAAGAUUUGAAAAUUCUUGUUACUUGUAUCUUGAAGAUAAAAUGUUCCAUCUAGGAGAGAGAAUGAAUAAGAGCAGCACCUGGGGCAAUGAUUAGCUUAGCUUUUUGACUAAAGUGACUGUGAUCCCUUUAAUAAAGUGUAUUCCUCCUCUAGCUCCAAUGGAUGGAUAAACCAUAAACCUGCACGCAGGGAAUCACCACAGAGAAAACUAAUACAUAACUUUGAAGGAUUGUCUUUAGACAUAAAUAAUAUUAGCAAAAAACUUGCGAGAAAUUAACAGAGAGGCCAAGUCUGAGAGUGAGAAAGGAGCAGUAAAUGAGGCCAAUGUAAUGAAAUAAGCAGAUACAUCCUUGAACACAACCGUUGCGAAAAGGCAUCCACAGUUAAGGGUGUUCCUGCAGAUAAAUCACACAGAAACUGGCAGAGAGAGAACCAUAUUUGGGCAAAUGAACCUGGAGGCAGAGACGUAUCUAUUUGUAUUGAAGGAAUGUCAGCUGAUAUACGUUAAAAAGAAAAACUGAACAAGGGGGCCCAACGACAAUAUCAUUUCUAAUCUAUGAUCGAAUCUCUCCGUCGUCAAUUUUGUUUCUUGGGAGAGAGGAAGGAAGACUUGUAAUCUGGAUCUGAACCUCUUCCAUCUCCUUCUCUCAGAGUUUCGAAGCUCUUUAAGAAGAUCACAUAAGAGCCUGCAUGAGCUACUGAUUGAUUUGCUUGCGCCUAGUUUUUGCAGCUUUUAAGUGAUUCUCUCUUUAAACCAUGGGAGAGUGGGUCAUUGGAGCUUUCAUCAAUAUUUUUGGAAGCGUUGCUAUUAAUUUCGGCACUAACCUUCUCAAAUUGGGACAUAACGAGAGAGAAAGGCUAGCUUUACAGGAUAGUGGUGGUGGAAAGACGCCGUUGAAGCCCAUUAUACAUUUUCAGACAUGGAGAGUUGGGAUCCUUGUCUUUCUUCUUGGGAAUUGCCUCAAUUUCAUUUCCUUUGGUUAUGCUGCUCAGUCUCUUCUAGCAGCUCUUGGUUCCAUUCAGUUUGUAUCCAACAUAGCCUUUGCUUAUGUUGUACUGAACAAAAUGGUCACCGUUAAAGUACUUGUUGCUACGGCCUUUAUUGUUCUUGGAAACGUUUUCCUUGUAGCUUUUGGUAAUCACCAGUCUCCAGUUUUCACACCAGAACAGUUGGCAGAGAAAUACAGCAAUCUGACAUUCUUGGUCUACUGUGGGAUUUUGAUUAUAAUCGUAGCUGUAAACCAUUUCCUCUAUAGGAAAGGAGAAGUGUUGUUGAUAUCUGUACCUGGACAAGAGAUUAGCUCCUAUUGGAAACUGUUGCUUCCUUUCUCAUAUGCUGUGGUCUCCGGCGCUAUAGGAUCAUGUUCCGUUUUAUUCGCCAAGUCACUCUCAAACUUGCUGAGGUUGGCCAUGUCUAGUAGCUAUCAAUUGCAUAGCUGGUUCACAUACUCUAUGCUUCUUUUAUUUCUUGGUACAGCUGGAUUCUGGAUGACAAGAUUGAAUGAAGGGUUGUUUCUUUGUGAUGCAAUUCUCAUAGUUCCAAUGUUUCAGAUUGCUUGGACUUUCUUUUCCAUCUGUACUGGAUUCAUCUACUUUCAAGAGUUUCAGGUCUUCGACGCGUUAAGAACAACAAUGUUCAUAUUAGGAAUGAUGUGCGUGUUCAUAGGCAUAUCGUUACUAGCACCUGAUGAUACAAGAGGCAACGAGACAAAAGACAGUACAUCAUCUCUGGACUCAAUAGUGUCCUCGGAAGAGGACAGGUUGAUACCACAAUCAUUUGAAGAUGGACAUAGCAAAGACACAAGAGUAGCUGUACAAGGAAUGUAUAUGAAAGCAGCUGAUCUAAUUUCCAAAACAAAGGCUGCUUGUUUAACGGCAUUGGGCUUUGGUGAAGACUCUAUCAACGCAUCUGCUAUUCUUGUGAUGCCAAUGGUAUCUUCCAAGAUUACAGGGUUUAGAGGAAACGGGCUCGAGAGGGCUAAGAUAUUGUCCAUGAGAGGAGGAUCAGGAUGGAGCAAACUAGCCAUGCAAGAAGAAGGAACAAGAAUGCUUGAAAAGACAUCUCAUCAUCACCCUUCAAAGGCUUAAUUAAGUAGACAGUUUCUCAGGUACAUUCUUUUCUUAGCAAACUCUGUUGUUAGGACCCCAUUAAAAAAAAACAUUACACGUUGUGUAUUUUUUGCAAAAACCAAAAUGUAUUAUUACAUUAAAUCUCUGUAUAUUAAUUUUUUUUGUUUGUUCGAGGCC